AUGCCUAAGGAUAAUUUGAUUUUUAAGCUAGACAACUUGGAGUACCAGUAUCACUAUCUCAAUGGCAGUUUGAAUGAGUUUCAACCACGUCUAAACAGCACAACAAAGAUAUUCAAUGCAAAAUCCAAGAAAACAUCCAAAAAAAUAGCUAAAUUGCUUGCAGAAUCGACAUUGACAGACGUGUCGAAAAGUCUGGAUGCACUAAAAACUGAAAUAUUCAGUAAAAAAGUGUAUCAUUUAGAUGGGCAUUUACAGUCUUUUUUACAUAAACAGAUUUUACAAUAUCGUCCUACCAAGAAGGCAAAGAUAGAUUUCACUACUGUUAUCAAAGCAUUAGAAUCACAAUACGGCUUGAAAGAGUUUGUGGAACUCAUUAGCAAAUCCAAGGUCAUAAAACUUUCAGUUGCCAGACUUUGUCCGUCUAAAAACACACCAACACCAGGUUGGUUUUUAGAUCAUCCAUUUUGGAAAAUUCAUCAAGACAAGACACAAAAGUUCAACCCGAGUAGGGUUUGGAAUGAGGUCAUUCUUAAAACAGAUAAGGCAGAUCAGUUGGUUAGUAUUUUUAUGAAUAACGAGAAAUGCAAGGAACUAUUUGCUGGAUUUAACGCGGGGAUGGACGUCUUCCUUGCCAUUAAGAAGGAAAAGAAAGUGAAAAAUAACUCCAAGUCAUUUGAAGAUAUGGAAGAUGCACCGGUGAUGAAAGGCAGUAACAAUGGUAUGUUGGGGCCUCCUGAUAUUGAACAGAGUGAAGAACAACAAGCGUUAGAGCAAAAUGAAAUGGAUGAAGAAAGUUUGGAAAGAUACGAUGGAUUACUGGCUGCAUCAGAUGACGAAGAAGAAGAUGAGGUAGAUACGCUGGAUCCAAAUGUCAAUUAUAAUGAGGUAACGGACGAGGAGCCUGAUGAGGAAAAUGAUGUCGAAGAACUGGACUAUGAGGAGGAAAAAGAUGAUGCAGAGAUGCCAAAAAAGAAGAAGCAAAAAACUGAAUUACCAGAGUUAAUGGCAGGAUAUUAUAGUGGAGCUGAUUCUGACGAUGAGUCUGAUCCUGCGGAAGAUAAAAUCGCUAGGGAACAGAUAUCUCUAGUCGAAAAGAAAAAGAAUAGACGUGGUCAAAGAGCGAGACAGAAAAUAUGGGAAAAGAAAUAUGGAAGGGCAGCUAAACACGUCCAAAGGGAAGUACAGAAAGAUAUGGAUGACAGGAAGAGAAGACAACAAGAGUAUGAAGAAAGAGUUGCAAAAAGAGCUGCGAAAGAGGUGGAACAAGUAAAUUUCCAGAGAACUUACAAUACACCAGCAGCACCUAAACUACAGCCUGAACAUCCAUCAUGGGUUGCGAAGAAGAAAGCCGAAGAAAAGCAGAUGAAUGCCAAAUUUGAAGGAAAGAAAAUUAAAUUUGAUUAA